GAAACCAACUUUUAAAAGAACUAGAACUUGUAGUUGGGUACUCAGUUUUGUAGCCCUAGUUAUGUGGACGAGUGAAUUCUGUGGAUUUCUGAUCGUUCAUGCUGAAGAGUCACCGGGAGUAAGAAGAACAACUAAACCUAAGAGUAUAACUCUUGUAUCCUUUUGCAAAGACAUGUUGCUGGCUAAAGAUCUCAUAGAAUUACUUUAUAUUACAGGAAUGCAGAGAAUUGAAGCACCAACAUGGAAAGAAUAUAUCGCUAUCUCAAGGAUAGAUGUUCUCCUUGGAAUAUCAACGAUUGAAAUCCUGAUAACAAAUUCUCCAGUCGGCAAUGGCAAUUCUUCAUGUGUUCCAUAUUCCUACACAGAAAACACCAACCGGUGUGGCAACACAUUAGGAACUUACCUCAACUAUCACAAAGCAGCAAGUGCUACACAGGAACGUCACUCAAAAGCUGUAAAAGAAAAAAUAAAAAAAAAUGUUACAAUAUGCAACUGUCAUUUACGGUUACACAGGGAACCACUGACACAUGCU